AUGAAGUUCUCGUGUGUCCUAUUUGUCCUUUCCAUUCUCACAUUCUCUACUGCCUUACCCGUCACACGACGUGGUUUCAUCAAUGGGUUGGCUGUUCGUGAGGGAAACUCUACUUUGGCAUCAUUUGGCAAUUCUACAUCCUCAUCGGCAUCAUCAAUAUCUUCUGGUAGCGCAAAGCCAAACACAACGAUCGACUUUGAAGAUCUAAAAAGUGAUGCCGCCGCAAAAAAAGCAACUAGCGGUAGCAAAAGCAAAGUUACAGCAGCACAAGUCAAAUCAGCAGUAUCUGGAUUUGCUAAUGAUGCCAACACCGUAUCAGCUGCCUUAAACAAACUUCCCAGUAUGACGAAUAUAUUGGAAAUCGCUUCGCUUGCCGGAAAAGCAUUCAAUGCAGAAUCCGACGAGGAUUCCCAAAGAUCGGUUCUGUUUGCCGCGGCGGGUAGUGCAGGUUCCUCGGCAAACAGCAAGAUCGUUAAGAACACUCCUGCGGUCCUCAGAGGCUUGAAGGCUAUGAUGGUAAAUCCUUCAAUUUUCUCUGUAAAGUAUAAUGUGGCUACUAUCGAAGCUGCUCGAAAUCCCAAUAUUCUGCCUAGUAUCACACAACUCUCAAAUGCAGCGUUGAGUGCAAUGAAUUUAGCUCCAACGGCGCAGAAGUUCCCUGCUACUGGACAAGAUUAG